AAACAACGUCAUAAAUCUGAAUAUCAACCGCAAAUUUGAAAAAAAAAAAAAACUGCCGACGGUAAGAAAAUGGCAACAUCCUCCGUCAUGUCCAGCUUCGCCGCGGCGGCAAUUACGUUGCAACUACUCCUAAUUCCAGCUGCAGCCUCCCCUCACAUGAAAUACAUUGAUGCCAUCUGUGACCGUGCCCAUGACCAAGCUUUCUGCGCUAAUACAUUGACUUCAAAUCCCCCUACGGCUGCUCCCAUUGGCCUGCAUCCAUUGGCCGAGGCCGUGAUCGCACUCGCGGUAUCCCACGCCGAGAAGACAGCGAUUUUCGUGGAUGAGACGGCGAAGAAAGAUCCAACGCUAAAGACAUCGUUCACGGAGUGCCACAAGGCUUACUUGGCCGUGGUGGCUGCUCUCAAGAGCGCAAACUUGAAGCUCAAGCAAUCUCCGGACACGGCUAAUUACGACGUCAGGGCUUCGGCCGACCACAUGAGGCGCGUGACGGAGUUGGUCGGGAAAAACAGUGACAAGGCCUCCACCACCCUCAAGGAAAUGACUCUUCAGAUGGAGAAACUCCUCGACCUUGCUGCUGGAGCCGCCGAUGCCGUUGACGACGACGAUGAGAACGUCCACCGUCGGGCCUGAUUUUUUAAACCGGUCGGGUUUUGUUUUUGUUUCACAAUACAAAAUGAAAAUAAGUAAAUGAAUAUACAUACAUAUACACAUAAACUGUGUUACGAACUUACGAUAAAUUAGUAAUUCAGUUUUUGAAAAUAUUUGGCAGAACUAAUGUGGUCAAGUUAUUUGCAUAUAAAGUUUUUUGUGUCUAUGC